AUGACUUCCCUUAUCAAUUCUUUCCUUUGUAUCUUUUUCUUUAUAUUCUUAUGUCAUCUAGCUGGGAUUUAUCUUUAUGGAAGUGGAUUUUUAAUUGCUUCAGUUCAAUCACAAAAGAAAAGUCAAUGCAAUGACCCUUUAAUGACAAACACACUUUAUGCUCAUUUACAUCCUCCUGAAUUAUGUUGGACUACUCCUUUAUUUAAGAAAACAGCUUUAUAUCUUGUUGAUGCUCUUAGAUUUGAUUUUGCAUUUUCUACGGAAUACCCUCCUUUGUUUGACAAUGUUACUGACCCUAACAAUUUCAAAUUGUACCAUAACAAUAUGAAUGUUUUCAAUUCUUUAGAAAAUCAAUACCCUUCUCGUUCUUCAAAAUAUCAUUUCAUUCCUGACCCACCAACCACAACUGCACAACGUGUUAAAGCAAUGACAACAGGUGGUGUUCCAGCCUUUAUUGAAAUAUCAAAUAUGUUCAAUAACCCUGUUAUUUUGGAAGAUUCAUUAAUACACCAAUUUAAAGAAAAUGGAUUAAGAACAGUUUUUGAAGGAGAUUCAUUAUGGGUUGAUUUAUAUCCUAAUCAAUUCAAUAAUGUUUCAACUGGUCCAUCUCUUGACAUAGCAGACUUAGAUAGUGUUGAUAAUAUAUGUGAUAAAGCAUUACAACAACAUCAAAAUGCAAGUGAUUAUGAUAUAAUGAUAUCUCAUUUUCUUGGAAUUGAUCAUACUGGACAUUAUUAUGUUACCAACCAUCCAUCAAUGAAAAAAAAAUUAAUAGAAAUUAAUAACAUUCUUAAUAGAUCAUUAUAUUCACUACCUGAAGAUACAUUAGCAUUAGUUUUUGGUGAUCAUGGAUUAACAGAAGAAGGGAACCAUGGAGGAUCAACACUAGAAGAAAUAGAUGCAGGGUUAUUUGUUUAUGAUAAUAGGAAAAAUCGAAAAGGAGGAAGAAAAGAAGUUGAGAAAAUAACACAAGUUGAUAUUGUUCCAACGAUUGCAAUUGGGAUGGGUAUUCCUAUACCAUAUAGUAACAUGGAACACC